GCCAAUCCAAUUAUUGCAUGAACUGCGAGCUUUUUAAAUUUUAGGUGUCCAAAUACCUUAGAAAAUGUGGUAGUAAUCUUGCUAAGACCAGAAGAGCUGAGAAGGAAAAGAAAGGGACCCUGGGCACAGGCUGGAGAAUAUCGCCGCCCCAAGGCUGAGCUGGAGGCAGCGAAAGCCGAGAGGCGGUGGUAUGAGGAGGCAGCGCGGCUGGAAGCCAGAGAGGCAAUCCCAAACAUUUCUUGGGGGGAGGCACACGGGGAGUGUGUCGAAGUCAGGUAGGAGACCUGCGCCAACUCCCCGUGCUUACCGUGGAGAGAGAGGGACCGGGCAGGCACCGUGUUAUGCCGUGAGGCGCACGGUGUCCCCGGUGCGCAGGCAUAACCCGGUGCGGUACGUAGCAGCGCCUCGUAUCGGGCGGGCUAGAGUGGGCAUCGAGCCAGGUGCCAUGAAGCCGGUUCAGCGCAGCUGGUCUCCAGUGUGUCUCCUCGGGCCGGGGUACAUGGCACCAGCCCUACCCGUGGUGUCCCCGGUUCGCCAGCACAGCCCAGUGCGGGCUAUUCCACCUCGCCGCACUGGCCUGGCUAUGGGGAGCAUUCAGCCAGGUAGGGUUGGGCAGGCUCGGUGCUCGAGAGCUCCAGUGCGCCUUCACGGUCCGGUCUAUCCGGUGCCACCUCCACGCACCAGCCCUCCUGUGGCAGCCCCCUGCACCAGGCUGUCUCUCCAUCUCCUUCCUACAGGUGCUCCCGCCUGCUCAGCGCUGUCAGAGUCUUCCUCCUGCCCAGCGCUGCCAGAGUCUCCCGUCUAUCCUGAGCUGCCGGAGUCUCCCGUCUGUCCGGAGCUGCCGGAGUCUCCUGUCUGUCCGGAGCUGCCGGAGUCUCCCAUCUGUCCGGAGCUGCCAGAGUCUCCCGUCUGUCCGGAGCUGCCGGAGUCUCCUGUCUGUCCGGAGCUGCCGGAGUCUCCCAUCUGUCCGGAGCUGCCGGAGUCUCCCGUCUGUUCUGAGCUGCCGGAGUCUCCCGUCUGUUCUGAGCUGCCGGAGUCUCCCGUCUGUCCGGAGCUGCCGGAGUCUCCCGUCUGUCCGGAGCUGCCGGAGUCUCCCGUCUGUCCGGAGCUGCCUGAGUCUCCCGUCUGUUCUGAGCUGCCGGGGCAGUCAGUCAGCCAGGAGCUGCCGGGAUCGCCGGCGCUGCCGGAAUCGCCCUUCACGCCGGAGCUGCCAGAGUCUCCCGCCUGUCCGGUGCUGCCGGAAUCUCACAUCCAUUCUGGACCUGUGGCUUGGGUCCCCAGUCCGAGGUCGGCGGUAAGGGUCGCCGCGUUAAAGAGGCCACGGAGGCGGGUAAAGAGGCGGAGAAGGACUAUGGUGGAGUGGGGCCCACGUCCCGCGCCAGAGCCGCCACCGCGGACAGACACCCACCCAGACCCUCCCCUAUAGGUUUAGGUUUUGCGGCCGGGGGGUACUGUCAUGUUCUGACCUUAGUUAUUUUAUUAUGUCUUUGUUUUAGUAUGGUCAGAGCGUGAGUUGGGUGGGUUGUCUAUGUUCGUUUUUUUACGAUUUGCUAUUUCUGUGUUUGGCCUGGUAUGGUUCUCAAUCAGAGGCAGCUGUCAAUCGUUGUCCCUGAUUGAGAACCAUAUUUAGGUAGCCUAGUUUCACUUUUGAGUUGCUCUCCAUCCAACCUCACUGAGCUCGAGCUGUUUUGCAAGGAGGAAUGGGAAAAAAUGUCGGUCUCUCGAUGUGCAAAACUGAUAGAGACAUACCCCAAGCGACUUACAGCUGUAAUCGCAGCAAAAGGUGGCGCUACAAAGUAUUAACUUAAGGGGGCUGAAUAAUUUUGCACCCCCAAUUUUUCAGUUUUUGAUUUGUUAAAAAAGUUUGAAAUAUCCAAUAAAUGUCGUUCCACUUCAAUAUUGUGUCCCACUUGUUGUUGAUUCUUCACAAAAAAAUACAGUUUUAUAUCUUUAUGUUUGAAGCCUGAAAUGUGGCAAAAGGUCGCAAAGUUCAAGGGGGCCGAAUACUUUCGCAAGGCACUGUAUCUGUUGAAAAAAAGUUUGGAUGUUGCCACACACAAACCUAAUUGUUAACAAAAUGAAGGAAGUAUCCUUUAAAUGAUUCAUAAAUAUUAUCCUGCCAACCACUAUAUGAAGAAGUCUAAGGAAAACAUCAACUCAAAUUGUUCCUUUUGUAAUGACCACCCAGAAACAGUGUUGCAUCUUUUUUGGCAUUAUAUUCAUGUAAGAAAACUGAGGCAAGACAUCAGUAGAUUUAUAAUUGAACACAUUUAUGAAGAUCUUACACUAAUGUGGAUAGAUGUACUGCUUGGAUUCUUUACCUAUGAUAGAAAUAAGAUGAAACAUUUUUAUGUCAUUAAUUUCAUUAUUCUUUUGGCCAAAUGUCAUAUUCACAAAUGUAAAUUUACAAACAAACACAUUUUCUUACCUUACAAAAAUACAUUGAACUGUAUUUUAAGACAAUGAAAUACUCUACUAACAAGAAAGCUGUUAGAAUAAUAAGUGUCUGUAUGUCCCUUAAGGUCCUUGUGUAAUGUGAUAUUGUACCCCCUAGCCGUGCCCCUAGCCCUUAAGGUCCUUGUGUAAUGUGAUAUUGUACCCCCUAGCCGUGCCCCUAGCCCUUAAGGUCCUUGUGUAAUGUGAUAUUGUACCCCCUAGCCGUGCCCCUAGCCCAAUUGUCCUCUGUAUAUAUACUUGUUUCCACAUGUACUUCCUGUAUUGAUAUAUUGUUAAUACAUUUUUAAAAAUAAAAACAGUAGGCCAAUCCAAA